AUGUCUCAAACCGAACAAAAAGUUAUUCUAGUCACUGGUGUUUCCAGAGGUAUUGGUAAGUCUAUCGUUGACACUUUGUUCUCCUUGGACAAGAACGUUAUUGUCUAUGGUAUUGCUAGAUCCGAAGCGCCAUUGAAGGCUUUGAAGGACACUUACGGUGACAGAUUCUUCUACACUGUUGGUGACAUUACCAACGAUGACACCUUGAAGAAGUAUGUCAACUCUGCCAUUGAAGGCCAUGGUAAGAUCAACUCUUUGAUUGCCAAUGCUGGUGUUCUAGAACCAGUUCAAAACAUCAACAACAUUGAUGUUAACGCUUGGAAGCAACUUUACAACAUCAACUUCUUCAGUAUCGUCUCCUUGGUCGACAUUGCUCUUCCACACUUGAAGAAGACCCACGGUUCUGCUCUAUUUGUCAGUUCCGAUGCCAGUGACACUUACUUCAGCAGUUGGGGUGCUUACGGUUCUUCUAAGGCUGCCCUAAACCAUUUCGCCAUGACCUUGGCCAACGAGGAAAAAGCCGUCAGAGCUCUAGCUGUCGCUCCAGGUAUUGUCGACACUGACAUGCAAGUUAACAUCAGAGAAAACCUUGGCCCUCAAGGUAUGAGCCAGGAACACUUGGAAAUGUUCAGAGACUUGAAGAAGGACAACAAGUUGCUACAUAGCUCCAUCCCAGCCACCGUCUACUCCAAGCUAGCUUUGAACGGUAUUCCAGAAGAAAUCAAUGGACAAUAUUUGAGCUUUGACGCUGAAGUCUUGAAGGAAUUUCAACACUAA